CGCUGACGCUGCUGCCCGCCGGCCGGUGAUGGCGACAGCUGACUGACCCUAGGUCACGGCUCAGCUGGGCCGCGCAGUGUGCCGCGCCCACACGGUGCGCCACGGGACGCUUGAGGGGCCGACAAGAUGAGGGUGAAAAUGCCUCCUUCCAUGCGGAUUCUGCAGGAUAGCCAGGCGGACCAGGGGAUGCUGCUGCUGCACCGGGAGAUCUGCUGCCAGGGCAGCGCGGACGCCGACCCGGUGGGCGACGCGAUGACCUGCCGCAUCUGUCAGCGCGACUUCGACCUGGCGGACGUGAUCCGGUUCAUCCACCAGCGGGUGCUGCAGUGCGCGCCGCCGCCGCCCGCCACCGGCGAUCAGGGCGGCCGCGACACGCCGCCGGGGGCCCGGCCCGACCGCGACGGACCAGGCCUUAACGGCCGCCGGCGGCCUAGCGGCAAUGCUCCCCGCCGAAUAGCGACAUCUAUCGGCGACCGUGAGAAGCUACAUUUGAACGGGCUCUCGCCGACGCCGUCGGUGUCGAGCACGUCCUCAGACGGCAGGAGAGAGGACGGCGACCGGCCGAAGCGGACGGAGGAGGAGGAGGCGAAGAUCAAGUGCCGCCUGGUGGAUGCCUGUGCCAACACUACCGAAUCCGGUAAGCACCGCCAAUGACAUUGUUUUCAGCAUGCGUGUUGUGAACGCCGUGGAUCUUGAGCAACAUAUUGGCGAAGAAUCUCGGGAUGUAGUUUUUCAAUCAGACGAGACGGACC